GACGAGCGAGCUCUCCCUGUCAAGAUGGCGGCUCCUCUGACUCUCCUCCUGCUGGUGGCCGUGACGGUCCGCGCCGCUCUCUUCAGGUCCUGUCUGACGGAGCUCAUCGCGGAGCGGGUGGAGGUGGUGUCACCGUUGACCGCCUGGAAGAGAGUGGUCGAAGGUUUGGCUCUGCUCGAUUUGGGAGUCUCACCGUACGCUGGAGAUGUUUUUCAUGAGACUCCUCUCAUCAUUUACCUCUUUCACUUCCUGGUGGACUACGCUGAGGUCACGUUUAUGUUGGCUGACGUGAUCACUGCGGUGGCGCUCUACAUGGCGGUGGCAGACUACAACAAGCAAGUGUUCAGAAAACAGAAAUAUGCCUUGGAGGCCGACCGCUACCCGCUCGACUGUCUGGAGCUCAUCAGAAGCCCCAAAGAGAUGUACUACAUCCCGCUGAAAGUGGCCAUGUUUUAUCUGUUGAACCCGUUCACCAUUCUGUGCUGCGUCGCCAAGUCGACCUGCGGCCUGAACAACGCCAUCAUCGCCCUCUUCAUCCUCACCACGAUUAAGGGGAGUGUGUUGCUCAGUGCCAUUUUCCUGUCCCUGGCCACGUAUCAGUCCAUCUAUCCUCUCACCCUGUGCGCUCCGGCUCUGCUGUAUCUGAUGCAGCGCCAGUAUAUCCCUGUGAACUUCCGGCGCUUCAGCUUCUGGUGGUUCAUCGCUCAGUACGCCUUCAUGUACCUGGGCAGCCUGUUCGUCCUCGUCUGUCUCUCCUUCUUCCUGCUGGGCUCCUGGGACUACCUGCCCUCCGUCUACGGCUUCAUUCUCUCCGUACCAGACUUGACCCCGAACAUCGGCCUCUUCUGGUAUUUCUUCGCCGAGAUGUUCGAGCACUUCCGCCUCUUCUUCCUCUGCGUCUUCCAGAUCAACGUCUUCUUCUACACCAUCCCGCUGUCCGUCAAGCUCAAGGAGCAUCCGGUGUUUCUGAUAUUCAUGCAGUUGGCCGUGAUCUCCAUCUUCAAGUCGUACCCCACGGUGGGCGACAUCGCUCUCUACAUGGCCUUCAUCCCUGUCUGGAAUCACCUGCACAGAUUCUUGAGGAACAUCUUCCUGGUGUCCUGCGUCCUGUUGGCCUGUUCCGCUCUGUUCCCGGUCCUCUGGCACCUCUGGAUCUACGCCGGCAGCGCCAACUCCAACUUCUACUACGCAAUAACGCUCCUGUUCAACGUGGCACAGAUCCUGCUGGUGUCGGAUUAUUUCUAUGCCUUCCUGAGGAGAGAGCACCACCUCACCUACGGACUGUACCUGAAGAGGAAAGACGGCUCCGAGGCGACGCUCGUUCUGAAAUAAAAACGCGGAAGGAGAGAGAGAAACUUUCCCUGCAACCGAACAAACACAAAACUGAGGAGGAGGAGAAAAGAGACUCGUGAGGCCGAAGCUGUGUCGAGGACAGAACGUCGACAUGCGAGCGGAACAAGUUUCAGGUUUUUACAACUUUCAUAUGCAAAACAAACAGAACUACACUAAAGACUCACUCCAACUGGAACCCCUCGACCGGAGGGAGGGGCUGCUUUUAUUUUGAAGCCUCCUAUUCUUCUUCUUUUUUUUUUCCUCUCUUCACAAACACUUUUAUUUUGACACCGUGUUUAUUCUGCAGCUCCGUCCUGGACAGCUCUUAUUUUGAAGCACCGACUCCCACUCAGUUUCCCCUUUUCGUGGCUUUUGUUUUGAAGUCUUUCAACACCGAAACCCCCCCUGCCCCAAAGAAAUCCCUCUUUGACCAUUCCUGAUAAUAUCCAACACAUAUUUUCUUUAAACUACAUUUUGUGAUAACACUGGUACUCGUAGUAGAGGAAGAGGAAUUAAUUUAUUUUCUUUAAGGGUUUUUCUGGACGCCUCCUUCGUCUUUGUCUGUUUUUUCUCUCUCUCUCACAGUUUGCUCAUUAAUUAACAGACUCCACAUCAUCAGUGUUGCCAUCUCAAGUGAAAAAAAAACAGUCGAACCGGAACCGACCUCAUCAUGGUACAUAAACCGUCAUAACACGACCAGGGACAGCGAUCGAUUCAGCCUCCUGCGAAACACUAAGCUGUGCUCCCCAUCACUAAACACUUUUCUCCUUCUACUUUAACCGAGAGCGGAUCGGACAAAGACGACGAGGGAAUGUGUUUUAAAAACCACUGAAGUGCUCGAGUUCACGAUCUGUGGCCUUUUUACAGCUUCGUAGCAUUUAACCCCCGUCGACAAAUCGGCCUCAGUUCCUGCCAAUACGCAGAAGUUUGGACUCGAAUUGUGCCGACGGACUUCAAUCGAUAAUGAGUUCAGUUUUUUUAUUUCUAUGCGAGUCUCAAUUAUGUAAAUACGCAAGACUUUGUUUCAAAGUUGGAUAACAUUAGAUCAGAUACAGGUGUACCUAAUAAAGUGGACACCCGGUGUAUAUGAUGAUGAAUCCACAGAGGAAUGUUUUUGUUUGUUGAUUAGUUUCUGGCGGCAUCUGUGUUUAAAAAAAUAAUUAAUUGAUCAAAUCUUAGUUCUAAUUUAUCAUAAUCAAAAGAUUUUAACAAAUAUGAGCAAAAAAACAAGCCAUAAAAGAAAACUCCUGACUCCUCCCACUCUCCAGUUGAAUUAUAACUUUCUUUCUUUGACAUUAUCCAUGUGUUUUAAACCGGUCCUGUGUCAGCGUGGCGUUUUGAUACCAAUGAGUGAAACAUAAGCUGCCAUAUUUAUUUAUUUUCUGCACUGAAAAACUUUGCAAAGAGACUUAAUUUUUAUUUCUUUGAUUUUUUUUUGUUUGUGUUGUUCUUAUUAUAAAAUGAGGAGCUCUUCUGUUUUUGAUACUGUGUCUAUACAUGAAUGUUAUUUGAUUUGUUACAGAUAUUAAAUGCAGGGUUUGAAAGGGACGAUAUGAUUUGAUGAAUGAAUGCACAUGUUAUAAAUGAUGAUUAUUAAACUUGAGGUUUUGGGUUUA